ACUUCCUCACAGGGAAGUUGUCUUUCCCUGUGCGGAAGACUCUUGAAGGGAGGUGUUAGUACUGCUGGGUCCGCCAGUGACAGUUGGUUUAUGUAAACCCGUUUUUCGAGUUUCUGGUCGUGUUGAAAACUGCUCAGGUACAGUGGCCGACGAGGUUCGCGUGCGACGGAAGUGUCCAGCGGGUGGGUGUGAGCGCACGGCUGGGAUCGGAGCUGCACGUGGCGCCGGUGGGAGAGAUCAUGUCUUUUCGAGGCGGCGGUCGUGGAGGCUUCAGUCGAGGCGGUGGAGGUGGCGGCUUCAACCGCGGCGGCGGUAGCAACAACCACUUCCGAGGUGGAGGCGGUGGCAGUUUCAGAGGCGGCGGCCGAGGAGGGUUUGGAAGAGGGGGCGGCCGCGGAGGGUUUAACAAAGGCCAGGAUCAAGGACCCCCGGAACGCGUAGUCUUAUUAGGGGAAUUCCUGCAUCCCUGUGAAGAUGACAUAGUUUGUAAAUGUACCACAGAAGAAAAUAAGGUGCCUUAUUUCAAUGCUCCUGUUUAUUUAGAGAACAAAGAACAAAUCGGAAAGGUGGAUGAAAUAUUUGGACAACUUAGAGAUUUUUAUUUUUCAGUUAAAUUGUCAGAAAAUAUGAAGGCAGCUUCCUUUAAAAAACUACAGAAGUUUUACAUAGACCCAUUUAAGCUGCUGCCACUGCAGAGGUUUUUACCUCGACCUCCAGGUGAGAAAGGACCUCCAAGAGGCGGUGGCAGGGGAGGUCGAGGAGGAAGAGGAGGAGGUGGCAGAGGUGGCGGUAGAGGUGGUGGUUUUAGAGGUGGAAGAGGAGGUGGAGGUGGGGGCUUCAGAGGAGGAAGAGGGGGUGGCGGUUUCCGAGGGAGAGGCCAUUAGGUGAAAGAUGUGACAGACUUCACCAGUUGACUUCUGUGUUAACUGCAUGAUCUGCUUCUGCUGUGGAUUGGACACCCAUGUCUUGAGCAGACUUGAAGAUGUGGUCAUUCCAUGGCAGUGGAACUGAAAUGUCAGCAUCAUGCAAAAACAAGUGCAGUGGAAGAGUCAAUUUUGCUCUGAAAGAGCAUGAACAAGUCUUUGAUGUUUUGUACAGUGCCUGGCACUCUGUGGGUGCUUAAUAAGGGACAGUAAUUUUCAUUUGAAGCAUGUUUGAAUUUCUUAAAUAAAACAUUUUAUUCCUUU